AUGGGAUUACAUCAAGAGCCUAUUUCAAUUAAUCAAUAUUUAUUUGAAAAUAUAUUUUCAUCACCAUUAUCAUCAAUUAGACAUUAUAAAAUUAAUUUUGUAGAAUCAAAACAAUUCAAAUUCAUAUUUAAUUAA